AUGGCUACCGCGGUGGGAUAUUUUCUUGGAAAAAGACCGUACUUUCACCAUCUAAAGGAAUUUGCAAAGUCGAUAUGGCCGGACUUAAAAGAGGUCACUGGUACAAAUAAUGGGUUCUUUUUCUUCCAAUUCAAAUCAGUAGUUGCUAUGGAAGAUGUCAAUGAAGGAGGACCGUGGCUAUAUCAGGGGCAGCCUAUUAUUCUUCAAAAAUGGAAACCAGGGAUGGUAUUGAGGAAACUUCAGCAUACAGAAGUUCCUGUGUGGAUCAAAAUACGACACCUUCCAGUCGAGUUGUGGACAGAGGAAGGUCUUAGUACGGUGGCCAGUGGAGUGGGUAAACCGCUUUACUCGGAUGCGAUUACGAGAGCGUGCACGAGACUGGACUUCGCUCGUGUAUGCGUAAUGUUGGAUGUGACCUCAAAUUUACCGAAACACAUCAUAAUUAUGACACCGGAUGAAGAUGGAGGAGAAUCCUCAUGUAAAGUAGAUGUUGAGUACGAAUGGAUACCCCCGAAGUGCAAAAGCUGUAUGACAUUGGGGCACUCUGCCAAAGAGUGUGUUAUUAACAAACCAAAACUAGUUAAACCACCGAUCGCUGUAUACAUACCCAAAGUGGGGACACCGUAUGAAACAGCAAUGUCUGAACGGAGUAGGAACCAUCCUAGGGAGGAUGGCGAUACAACUUAUAUACCAUCUCGGCCACCACGUUUGCCUGAUCGAAAGAUAAGCAGACCACCACAAGCUCCAGUGGUAGAAAAGAAGAGAGAGGGCCGUGAAUCCCCUAGAGAUGCAACAGGCCCAAGUCGAGAGGAGAGGGCAAUAUGGAAUGUACGUGGCCUGAACAAAAGAGAUCAUCAGUUGGCAGUCAGAGACAUCGUUGCUGAGUAUAGGUUCCAAUUUCUCGGUCUCCUUGAAACUCGUGUUCGAUUUAAUAAUGCAGCUCAAAUUCAAUCGUUCCUAUUACCCCAUUGGAAAUGGUAUAUGGAUUAUGGAUCUUCUGGUAAUCGGGUGUGGAUAGCAUGGGAUGAUAAUUUUAUUGAUAUUAAUGUGGUUCAAUGUGGAAUGCAAUAUAUCCAUUGUCUUGUUAAUAUUCGAGCAAUUCAUGAGUCAGUCGCUGUUACUGUCGCUUAUGGAGCUACUGAGGUGAUUGACAGGAGAGAGUUAUGGAAUGCCCUGGAAAGUUUAGCUAUACAGUGUACUGAUAUCCCAUGGUUGAUUGGAGGGGAUUUUAAUGCAGUUCGCGACCUCAGCGAAGUAUGUGGCACAUCAGGGGAUAUUCGAAUAGCUAUUGAAGAUUUUAAUGCUGCCAUUCAAAAUACAGGAUUACUACCACUACCCAUGCAGGGAGAGUGGUACACAUGGCACAACCACAGUGCGACGCCACGGAACCUCUGGAAAAGACUGGACCGCAUGUUGAUAAAUGAAGAUGGAUGGCACGGUUCCCUAACACAUUCUACUCGGUCCUUACACCACGCACUUCAGACCACUCACCGAUGGUACUAA